GUUUUUGUUGCGUUGUGAGUAUCAUUUUCUCUUUUGCGAGUUUACAGUGAGAGAGAGGUAGGUAAGGAAAGUAGAGAGAACGCAAACAGUGAGCACAAAAAUGUUUGAAGGAGUAGCAGACCAAUUCCACCAAUUCAUAGCUUCAAGAACAACAUCACUCCCUCUCCCUAGUCUCUCUUUCCCACCUCUUCAUGGCUCCUCUAAUACCACCAACUUCCCUAGUUUUUAUCCAUACACAGCUACUGCUGCUACUACCUUUCAACCAGUACUACAGCCGAACCUUUUGCACUCAUUGCACCAAGGUUCACCCACCAACAAAAAUGAUGAGAAACUAGAGAAUAACUUGAUGGCUAUGAAUUUGAAGUUUGAAAGAGAAAGAUCAAUACCAGAAUUGGUCAAUCCAUGGUCUAAUGAUGAAGUGCUUCCACUGUUGAGGAUCAGAUCUAGCAUGGACAAUUGGUUUCCUGAAUUCACUUGGGAACAUGCAUCAUCAAGGAAUCUUGCAGAGGUUGGUUUCAAAAGGAGUACUACUGAGAAGUGGAAGGAGAAAUUUGAAGAAGAGAGCGGAUACUUCAAUAGCAACAUUGAUAUUUACAGCAAGAAUUACAGGGCUAGCUUUAGUGAGUUCGAAGAGAUUUAUCAUGGAGAUCAAAACCCUGAUCAGCAAGAAGCUACAGCUGGAGAAAAGAAGAUACGCAAGCCAAGUGAAGAUGAACAACAGGAUAAGAUGGGACAGAACUUGGAAGAAGAAACAAGAAUUGAUCAAACGGUAGGAAACCAAAGCGUUGAAGAUAAUGAUGGGAAAUUAGAGCAGUUUGAAAAAUCAAAGAGAAAGAAGAGAAAACGAGAGAAGAAGUUUGAGAUGUUCAAAGGUAUUUGUGAAGAUAUUGUGAACAAGAUGAUGGCUCAACAAGAAGAGAAGCAUAAUAAACUUCUUGAAGAUAUUGUGAAGAGAGAUGAAGAGAAGUUUGCUAGAGAAGAAGCAUGGAAGAAGCUCGAAAUGGAUAGGAUCAACAAGGAACUUGAACUUAGGGCACAUGAACAAGCUCUUGCAGGUGAUAGACUUGAUACAUUAAUCAAGUUCUUGAAAAAAAUCACAUCAGGUGAUUCUUCUGCUGAAGUUCUUGGAGAGACUAGUGCACCGGAUGUUGUUAAGGUACCAAAAUGUUCAAAUGCUUCCACUUCAUCUUCCUUGCUGCUAGCACAAAACCCUAAUCCUGCCAGUCAGACCAGUUGCGAAAGCCAACUUGAAACACCUACAUCAUCUACCACAACUGAUCUAGACCAUCAAAAGUCUACCUCCAUGCCAGCCAAAACCAACACUUCAUGCACAGAAAAUCAAGAACCUCAAAACCCUAGUUCAACUCUUGCCCCAAACAUUCCAAAUGCGCCAACGACUUCAUCGACACUAGCACUAGCCCCCCCAAACCCUAAUUCUCUCAAUUCCCACAACAGCCCAUCAGGACAAUCUAGCAUACUGCCCAUGCAUAUGUAUAAAGUGCAAGGAAAGUCUACAUCCAACGAUGAAGAUGACAUUGGCAAGAGAUGGCCAAGAGAUGAGGUGUUAGCCUUGAUAAAUCUAAGGUGCAGUCUCUAUAACAACAAUGAAGACAAGGAAGGAUCAGCAAAGGCUCCAGUAUGGGAAAGAAUCUCACAAGGGAUGUUAGAGUUGGGUUACAAGAGGAGUGCAAAGAGAUGCAAACAAAAAUGGGAGAACAUAAACAAGUACUUCAGAAAAACCAAGGAUGCCAGCAAGAAGAGAUACAUUAAUUCAAGGACGAGUCCUUACUUUCACCAAUUAAGCACUUUGUACAACCAUGGAACGCUUGUAGCACCGAAAAACCACUCAGCUUCUCCAGAAAACCAGUCCAAUUUGUCGGAAACCAGGCACAGUAGUAGCUCAUCACAAAAUGGGACAAGUAAUUCAGCAAUGCAUGUUGUUGAAGGUGAGAAAAACAAGGUUCAAGUACCACCUUUUGAUUUUGAAUUUUGAUUUCAUAAUGUUAUAUGGUAAUGAUAAUAAUACAGUACUAGUGAAGGAAAAUUACUAUGAUAA